ACGGACACACACACAGAUCGGGGCAGCUGCAGAGGGCACAGGACGCAGCUUCCCAGGGAUGCUCUGGUUCCCUUCCCUCAGCUGCUGCCUCCCUCCAAGCCCCCAGACAGCCCCGAGCGGCAGACACUUGUCUGCACCAUCCGGAGCUGCUCCCUCUGAGCUGCCCAGCCUCUCGCGGAUCCCAGGCAGGAAUUCGGAGCUGGGGCUGCCCUCUCCUGUGAGCCCCAAUGCUGUGGGCGUAGUGGGGAGGAGAGGAGGGUGUUGGUCAGGGCACCCACCACCAGACAGCUGCCCCCCGUGUGGCCUGGGGCAGGAUGGAGAGCUGAGGACCUUUAGCAAGGGUGCAGGGUAAAGUCCUGCACCGAGUCAGAGCACGGAUUUGUGCCCAGGUCUCCAAUGAGUCGCGUGUGUGGUCCUUCCAGUUAAUUAUCCAUUCUCUCCCACCUUUUCUUAACCCACUUCCCAUCAUAGCUGGGUGCCCUGAGCAGGAGUCACAGCUGAGAACAACAUCAAAACAAGACAGAGCAAAGUCCAACCUGGCCAGCUGUCUCCAGGACAGCGGUUGGAGCAGAUGCUUAGAUCCAACCAAGACCCAAGCAAGGACGUCCCACGAGCACUGCGAGGACUUCUGCACCCAGCUUUGCCAUUUGGUCCUCAAUGGCGAGAAUCCUAGCUCCCACCACUCUAGCCAUUUUCCUGACUUGCUGCUUCUUUGGGGCACGUGGCCAGACCCCAAGGGCUUUCCAGGAGAGCACCGUCCCCUUUGGGGUGCUGAGCCACGAGCAGGCUUACAGCCUGGUCCAGCCAAGCCUGUUCCAGGGUGCCAAGCUGUCGAACCACUCGGAGAACCUCCCCAGGAGCACCAGCUCUGAGCCGCCCCUGCUGCCCGUGUGCGUGAAGCCUGCAGAUAUCAGACACAUCUUCAAGUACAUCAACACCAUUGUGUCCUGCACCAUCUUCAUAGUAGGGAUCAUCGGGAACUCCACGCUCCUGAGGAUCAUUUACAAGAACAAGUGCAUGAGGAAUGGGCCAAAUGUCCUCAUUGCUAGCUUGGCGCUCGGAGACCUUCUUUACAUCCUCAUUGCUCUGCCCAUCAACGUAUAUAAGCUCUUGGCAAAGGACUGGCCCUUUGGCGUGCAGGUCUGCAAGCUGGUCCCCUUCAUCCAGAAGGCUUCAGUGGGCAUCACGGUCCUCAGCCUGUGUGCACUCAGCAUCGACAGGUACCGAGCAGUAGCGUCCUGGAGUCGGAUCCAGGGGAUAGGAAUCCCCAUGUGGAAGGCAGUGGAGGUGAUGCUGAUCUGGGCAGUGGCCAUUGUGCUUGCAGUCCCCGAAGCUAUAGCGUUUGACAUGGUGGAGCUCAGCUACUGGGAACAACACCUGUGGGUGUGCAUGCUUGCCUCCGAACAGAAAUCCAGCUUCAUGAUGUUCUACCGUGACGUGAAGGACUGGUGGCUUUUUGGCUUCUAUUUCUGCCUCCCCUUGGUAUGCACUGGCAUCUUCUACACCCUCAUGUCAUGUGAGAUGUUGAGCAAGAGAAAUGGCAUGAGACUUGCUCUGAACGACCACAUGAAACGGCGCCGGGAGGUGGCCAAGACCGUGUUCUGCCUCGUGGUGAUCUUUGCACUCUGUUGGCUGCCACUCCACCUCAGCCGCAUCCUCAAAAAGACCAUCUACGACCAGACAGACCCCAACAGAUGUGAACUGCUCAGUUUCCUCCUAGUGAUGGAUUACUUCGGGAUCAACAUGGCCUCCCUCAACUCCUGCAUCAACCCCGUGGCUCUCUACUUUGUCAGCCGGAAAUUCAAGAACUGUUUCCAGUCCUGCCUGUGCUGCUGGUGCCAGAGACCGGCUCUGAGCAUCACGCCGACGGAUGAGAAGGGCUCCGUUGGGAAGUGGAAAGCCAACGGGCAGGAGCUUGGGCUGGACCGGAGCAGCUCCCGCUUGAGUAACAAGUACAGCUCUUCCUAAAGCUGUGCCACCCGUGGGGCCGAGAGGAGAAGGCACUGUGCCCAGAUGGCAGGACCCCUCCAUUUCUCUCGCAUGGCUGUUUCCCGGCUGGGCCUGAAUCGUUUUUGCCUUUGUGUCGUAACCCACGUGGAAGGACCCCGGGACUAGCUCUGAACACAGCCUCUGAAUCACGCUGAUCCGUCCUCUGGUCCGAGCCGCCUCUGGAAGAGGGGGAAGGGGAUUCGGAUCCUUACAGGACUUUUCAUUUCCUUGCAGGAAAACCCAGCGACUUACGGCCAUUUGUCCUGGGUGGAAACGUGGGGUGGGGAGAUAUGUGUGAAAAGGGAAGGGAGGUUGAGAUGUGGCCACUUUGAGAUGGAUAUGGGAUGAGGAGGAGAGGGGAGCACCGUGAGUCUGGGUCACAGCAGGUAAUUCAAGGCCAAGAGAUGCACUGAGCAGAGCCAGCUUCAGCCCCAAAUCAGGCAAGCUGAGGAUGAGCAUGCAGAGAUGCAAGGAAUGUGCCAUCCUCUGUCCUGUCCAUCUCUGCCCUCCUGGCACACACGCUGCCCCUCUGCUAGCCCAGGUGCCAGUUUUUAGCCGGUUUGUUCCAACCUGCCCCUCAAUGCCAGUCACAGGGCUGCCCUUAAUUAAAAAGAAAUAAUGCCAAAUGAACUGGAGUUGUCAGAAGACAUGAUCCAGGCAGGGAGUCAGGAGAAGCAGCUUUCUUUAGAAACAAGAUCGUUCCAGAGCCAGGAGGGAUGUGGCACCAGCUCAUUGUAUACCAGGACAGGGGGAGGGAAAUACUGUUCUCUAGAGGGGACACAGGAACCAGCUAAAACACACUCAGUGCCUCAGAGAAGCAGGAGAGAGCAUCAAACUCUGCACAUCCUCCUGGCAGAGGAGCAACAAGCGCCAAAAAAGGUGAAAUAGCAAAGAAAAAAAGAAGCUUAGGAGUUUAUAGACCUGUCCCUGGCUGUUGCAGCCCUCCUUGCUGCAAAAUAAAGUUGGCCCCAGCCCCAUCAUGUUAAAACGAGCAAAGCACAGCGUCAUGCAGUUUAGUGCCUGCCAGCAGCUGAGCAAGGGUUGCUCUGUCGCAUACUUGCACGGUGCAUGGGAACAAGUGUGUUUAAAUGCACAGCUCCCAUUGAUUUCAGUGAAGAUUGAAGCACCUUGACAAUUUCCCAGCAGGGACCUUCGGUCACGCCAUAAGGAGCAGCGUCCCGGCCCCCGAGGAGCCACGAUCCUCUCAUCAGGACAGACAGAACAGCCAGGACCUGCUAAUAUUCACAAGGCAGACACCAAUUACAGGCACACAGGGGAAUCCUUUUACCUUACUUAACCUCCUGGGCCCCAAGCGGCUACUGGCUCUUUUUAUGCUCCAGGAGCAGAUUUAAUCACUCCUGCAUUAGCAGCUACACUCAGAUCAACAUUUUAGCAUUAAAUGGUUCAAAACCGGUCUCAGAGCUGCACAUUAUUAAUAUUGCAACAAACAGACUGACAUGAAUUCAUCCCAGCUCUGGACAUUGCUAUCACUUGCUGCACGUCUGUUUAACAGUGACUUCAGCCUCCUUUGGUAUCACUUCCCCCUUGUGUUUUCCUCCCAGAUGUCUCCUAUUAAAACCGAUGUCAUAAAGUUUGAGAGGGGAGAGGAGAGCUGAGAUACCAGCUGGAAACGAUAAACCCUUUUAAAGCUCUUACAUUGGGUUGGCAUCCAGACAGCACUUUCCCAGCCCUAGAAGGUCUCCCUUAGGCUACAACCAACAUCAGGACCAGCAAGUUUCAGCUCAGAGGGGAGGUAGUGAACAUCAGAAAAGAAGGAACACACGCACAGGCUGCUUUUAGCUGCUCAUGGAAGUGCAAAUGCAGCUCCUUGCUGCCAGCUCCUGUUGCCCAUUCACAGGGGAGAGCCGUACCGUUACCGGCCUGCCCAUCCUUCCCUCGCUUCCCCGGGCAGAGGGUGUCCAGGACAGCGUGGUCCUUGCAGCCCAGCUCAGGGAACAUGUAGCUGGCCCACAGCAGCCCCUGGACAUUGGGUUUCAAGACCUGAUAAAUAUCCUCCAUGACACCUGGGCUGAGAUUGAGCCCAGGUGCAUGAGUCUGCUCCUGGCUUAAUUGACCCCUUCACCCUCUCCCCCUGCCCCAGGAGAACCGCUUUACUGCUAUUUUACAUCUCCCUCUUGUCCUGCAUGUGGGAUCACGCUGGCAUGGGCAGGGUGAAUCCCUUGCCGCAAACUGAGAGGCAAAGGAGCCUUAUUAUGAAAUGCAGGGUUCAGCGUUCUCGGCCUAAUGCCUGCAAACACAACCCCACCACAGCCUGUCAGAGAGACCAAGUCUGUCAAUUUGUAUUUGAGAGAAUGAUUUUUCUAGAGAAAACCUGACAUUUUACAUCCUCCCUCUUAUUCCUCCUUUUGUUAAUAAAACAUGUUGGUGUUUGAAAGAAAAA